CCCCCUAGUCUCGCUCUUGGCCUGCGCAGGCGCAAGGCCGCAAGAUGGCGGCGGCUGGAGUGGGCCGUCUAAGGCGAGCGGCGUCGGCCCUGUUGCUCCAGAGACCGCGCCUGCCCGCCCGGGAGCUAUCAGCUCCGGCACGGCUCUAUCACAAGAAGGUGGUUGAUCAUUACGAAAAUCCCAGGAACGUGGGGUCUCUUGACAAGACCGCUAAGAAUGUUGGAACCGGAUUGGUGGGGGCUCCAGCGUGUGGGGAUGUAAUGAAAUUGCAGAUUCAAGUGGACGAGAAGGGGAAGAUCGUGGACGCCAGGUUCAAGACGUUUGGCUGCGGUUCUGCAAUCGCCUCCAGCUCGCUGGCCACCGAGUGGGUGAAAGGGAAGACGGUGGAGGAAGCCUUGACCAUCAAGAACACAGACAUCGCCAAGGAGCUGUGCCUCCCGCCGGUGAAGCUGCACUGCUCCAUGCUGGCCGAAGAUGCGAUCAAGGCCGCCCUGGCCGAUUACAAACUGAAACAAGAACCCAAGAAAGGGGAUGCGGAGAGCAAGUGAGCCCUCAGUGGUGGAGCUGCCCACCGGACACUUCGCUUCAGCCGCCGGCCCGCCCGCCCACCGCCACGCAGCCCCCAGAGCGCUCCUAGGCAGAGCUGUGCCCUGCCGCACGCAGCCUUGCUGUUCCCAUUGUGGCUGUAAUGCAAGAAAAAUACACCGUUUAACCGUUCGGAAUCCUGUGCUUUCUUUCAGCCCCUUUGUCGCCUCGGUCCGGUUUAUGUUUAAUUGGGACUGUGCGUGUGGCCUCAAAACUGCCAUCAGUAGUGACGUCUCAAGCCUCGCUCAUCCUUGAAGUGCUCAGAGACGUGUUUUACCUGAAUCUGUUUGGGGAGAUUACGGACAGAAUGGCUUGGAGUGAUUAUUUGACAGAACCAAGUGUUGUACAUAAAACAGAUCUGCAUAUAUAUAAUAAAUAAAAGAAAGUCAGACAAUG